AGAAAUUCAAAAUGAAACAAAGUUUAGUGAAAUUCACAACAGUACUGUUCAUUGCUACGUUGCCUUAUAGUUCAACUUUGUCUAUGCCAAGCGGUGACCCGGCGCCUGGUCGUUCUCCAGGGCCUCCUCGGGGUGACAAAGUAGACGAUUCGAUAUCAACAACAGACACUGUCUACGAUGAUACCACCAUAAGUGAAGUGGAAGUAACAACUGUUAGUGACACUAGUGAUAUUGACGCGUGUGCCUUUGCGAGGAUUCCGAGUGACAGUGAUGACAUUGUCACCGUUAGUGAACUGGACAGUGAUGUGAAUUUGACCGUCAGCCAUCCUGUGUUCGAUACUGAGGAGCUGGUGAGAGGCGUUGUUUAUGAUGUUCGCCUGCAAUUGGAGGACGCGUCUCUCCGUGACUACGUCCUAUACACAAUAGUUGGCAGUUUCAUCAGAGGCAACUUUACACCAACUAGUAAUGCUGAGCGCCUGUGCCGUGACGAACAAACUCUACCAUAUUUCAUACCAAAACACAACAGAGCAGUGCGCUCGAAGCAUAAGCGCACGAAAUUCGAAAGUGACCGUUCAAAUUUCGAAAGUGAUUAUCCAAAAUUCGAAAGUGACCGUUCGAAAUUAGAAAGUGAUUAUCUGAAAUUCGAAAGUGACCGUUCAAAAUUUGAAAGUGAUUACGUAACGUUCGACAGGACAGGCGGUUUUGACGGUUAUUACUUUAGACCGAAGUUCCGUAGUUUUAGAGAAGAGAGGUCUGUGUACAGGACGGCGAAAAGCCUGAGAUACCGAAGGAGGUUCUCUCCGGGAAGAAUUGUGAGUGGUUCUCUGGAGGAUCGCAGAACAGUGUUGCUGCAGUGGUCGAUAAGUGACGCUGUGCACGUAGAAGACGACGCGAAUGUUGUAUUUAGGUUACGUUAUAGAAAAACUACAAGUGCCACCAUUUACCAAGUGUUCUUUACUAGAAUUUUACGAUUAGAAUGUGCGAUAAAACUCCGUGGAACGCGCGCCGGACGCGUGCACUCCGGCCACGUACCGCGCAACCAUGGUUGUCGACUGCUACUACCCCCACCCUCAUCCAAAAACGCCCUCCUCGUCGACCUUCACAAGCUCAACGUCCCCUGCGCCACCGGCUUCAUCAGAUACGCCCCGAACACUCCCGCUCUCUGCGGCAAACUCGAGCAAAUUCCUCUGCCAAACAGAAGGUAUCUUUACCAAGCAUCCCAAAAAACACCAACGAUAGAACUCCACGGCCGACCCACGUUCGCCGCGACCUACCGUCUCGUGGACCACUGCCACCACGUUCUGCUGACGGAUAGAAACGGCUCGUUCGAAGUCGGCCCAACAUUCAAACUCUUCUGCUCAUACGAAAUUCACCUCCCUUACGGCAACAAGGUGAAAUUACGAUUACAAAUUGGAGCGGGACCAAUGGAGCUGAAACAGAAAGAAGUAUCGAAUGUUAUUGACGAAAAUGAUAACGAAUUUUGUGAAGGGAUGGAGCUUAAGCUUCAAAAUGGGAAGUCCAGAUGGGAAUAUUGCUCGCAGCCUGGAGAUCCGAAGAGGGAUCUCCAAUUUAUCUCUGAGACCAAUUCUGUAAGGUUGAAUGUGAGUGUGAUGGGGAUGAAAAACUCUUCUGUAAUGUGGUUGAAAGCGUGGUGGAUGGAGGAUCCCCAGGAAGAUAUUAUGGGACAUUGUGACUACGGGUGGGUGUUGGCGGAGAAUUUUUGCAUAUCGGUUUUUCGGGACGCGAAGAAGGCAUGGAAACAGGCCGAGGCAGAGUGCGUGAGGCUCGGAGGUCAUCUCGUUAGCGUCCUAAACGAGAAACAGCAACGAAUUGUCGAUCAGCUGUUAUUACAUGCCCCCGGCGCAGGAGUGGACGACGUCUACUGGAUCGGCGCAACGGACGCCGUCCACGAAGGCGAGUUCCGCUGGUCCGAUGGAUUGCCCUUUUCUUAUGCACAUCCGUACAUAGCUUCGCAAGUGCAAUGCAACGAGACCAUCAUUCUGUCUCCCUCACAGCCACAUGCGACAGUGUCCAGCCCCGGGUUCCCGCGGGCCUACCCCGACGACGCAAAUUGUGUGAGCGAUGUGCGUGCUCCGCCCCAACUUACUCUAAGGUUGUACUUUGAGGAACUGCUUACGGAAUAUGAGCCUAAUUGCGCGUACGAUUUUCUGGAAAUCAUUGAGCUGGGCUUGGAAAAUGUGACUGAGGGUGGACAAGAGGACUGGCUGUUACAAGAUCAUCAUGAAAACUACAACGAAAAUGAGGUAUACGACUACGAGAACCUGCUCCCGGAAUCGGAUGCGAUCAGCGCAGGCUGGGUGAGCAAUAGCCAAUCGACUGCGUCAAGGCGACUGUGCGGAGACUGGGGCGGCAAACUCAAGUUACUCCGGUACCAGUCGCGAGGCGGUUGGUUACGACUGCGUUUCAAAUCGGACCACUCGAGGCAUUUUGCUGGCUUCCGCGCUAAGCUCACCCUCGCUGACUGUAAGUACCUAUAA